UUCUCUGUCUCGCUCUCUCGAUUCUUGUUCUCAUCCCGGUCAUCUUUCGAACUGGGUAUCUCAGUAUGGAAGAACAAAAUCUUUCUCUACCUUUAUCUUCUUCUCCUUCUUCUAUCCACGUCAAUGGCGAGCCUUCAGGUUCUGCUCCCUCCUCUUCUUCUUCGUCGUCGUCUGAGACCGUGGGGGAAGAAGAGAACCAUAAUGUUCAGGAGCAGCCAGAGGAGCUUCAGCAGCAGCAGACGAGUAUUUCUUAUCGUAUGAACAUCUCGAUAUCCGAUGUGACAUCGCCCGAGAUGAGGGACGAUGCUUGGUCCUGCCUCGUCGUGCUCGUCACUUUUUGGUUAUUCACAGCAUCCAUGACUCUGAUUCUAGGCUUUUAUGGAUCUAUGAAUCUCCAGUUGAGCCCGAAUUACUCUCGACUUGUGCAAGUCAGCUCCAUCUUUGUGCAGAAUAUCAGGGUGGAAGAAGUGACUGACCUAAAACCUGGGCCAGUCCUGUACGGGUUUAACGAACUUCCCCCCCUCGAUGUUGAAACCAGUUGGUCUGAAACCCAUAACCUUUCUAUUUCAUUUGAUUUCCACAAGGAGUGGAUAUACUUCCUAAAUGAAGGGUCUGAAAUUAAUAUUUCAUAUAGUGUGAAAUCCCAGAGCUCCUCCCCUUUAUCCCUUGUAAUUGCAAAAGGUAAAGAAAGCCUAGUUGAAUGGAUUGAGGAUCCAUCAUAUCCUAAUACCACCUUGUCAUGGAAUAUAAUUCACGGAAGUGGUAUGAUCCAACAGAAGAUUUUCAAGUCUUCUGAUUACUAUGUUGCCAUUGGGAAUUUGAAUUCUGAGGAGGUGGAGGUGCAAUUGAAUCUCAGAGUACAAGCUGUCCUGUACAAUACAACAGAGGCAUAUUACAAGUGCUCUGUUUUUAGUCGUCUCUGUAGUUUGAGGCUUUACCUUCUGGGGACAACUGUUGCUGUUCUAAGUUCUCCUGGUCCAGAACAGGGUAUCGAUGAGAACUGGUAUAUCAAGCUGUCAUAUGGGCCGAGAUGGAUCAUAUAUAUUGUUGGCUCAGGUGGACUGAGUGUACUCAUCCUAUUGGCCUACAAGAUCUGUAACAAGUUCCAAGCCACUACUGAAGAUGGAACUGGAUUUCAAGCAGGUGAUACGCGAUCUGAGAGAGCCCCAUUGCUUUCACAGAAAGAUGAUGAUCUUUCGAGUUGGGGCUCUUCUUAUGAAUCUGUCUCACAUGAUGAGGAGGAUCUUGAACAGUGGCUUGCAGCAAGUUCCCUUGAUACUAAAUCCCUAAAAGAUGGGGAAAACAACAAUAAUCCACGUUGUCUUUGUAAAAUAUGCUCUGAUGCACCAAGGGACUGUUUCUUCCUUCCAUGUGGCCAUUGUGGAGCAUGUUUCACAUGUGGAACAAGGAUUGCGGAGGAAGCUGGCACGUGUCCCAUUUGUGACAGAAAAAUGAAGAAGGUGAGGAAGAUAUUCACAGUCUGAGAGGUGUAUAUUGAGGAAGAUAUUCAAUCUGAGAAGUGUAAAUGGUCGCAGCCUUGUAUUAACGACUCCCAACAAUCGGUUGGUCACUUGGGGAAAAACCCAUUUUUCGUUUCAUGUAUACACUUAAGUGAGCUUUCAUUCUGAAGGUGAUGAUACUCAGUAGCUUUGAUUGAAGAUGCACAGGCCUCCUAUUGUGGGUUUCUCCUCUCCUUUCUGAUGAGUCAGGAUUGAAGAAAGAAUGUUCUGAUUCAAUAUGGUCCACUUCAAAAAGGGAAUGGUUGAGCCAAAGAUUUUUCAGUUGCGAUGCCACCAUCUAUUAAUGCAACUGGAUUCAGGAAUAUGAUAUUUUUUGCAUUGAAAUAGGAAAUUGUUUAAACAACCUGCACCAGUAAUGGGUUUUUUUUUUCACUUGUUUCUCCCGUAAAUCUGGAAUUCCAUUCAAGUUCAUGUCUGGUUGUUGUGAGUUUUAGA